AUGGCAGAGAUCAAGAUUGACAAGAACCUGUUCCAGGAGCGCCUGUCGCAUUUUAUCGGAGCAUGGAAGACCGACAAACGCAGCGGCGACGCGGUGUUCGGUGGUGCCUCGUCCAUCCUUGUCUUGAUGGGGAAAACUGAGGAGUCCGCACAAUUCCAGAAGAACAAUGCUAUCCACUUCUGGCUGCUUGGAUAUGAGUUCCCAGCUACGCUUUUCCUCUUUACACUGGAGGCAUUAUACAUCGUUACUACGGCAAAGAAAGCCAAGCACUUGGAACCGCUAAAGGGAGGCAAGGUCCCUCUCGAAGUACUUGUCCGUGGUAAGGACGCAGCGGAGAACGAGAAGCUCUUUACCAAGAUCAACGAUGUGAUCAAAUCAGCAGGCAAGAAAGUUGGCGUUUUACCCAAGGACAACUCCAGCGGCCCCUUCGUUGAUGAGUGGAAGAAGAUAUAUGGCGACAUUUCUAAAGAUGUGGAGGAGGUCGAUAUUGCGCCUGCGCUAUCUGCAGCUGCCUUGGCCGUAAAGGAUGAGAAUGAACUUCGCGCUAUGCGAAGUGCCUCGAAAGCCUGUAUCGCCUUGAUGAACCCCUACUUUGUCGAAGAAAUGUCAAAUGUCCUGGACGAGGAGAAGAAGGUCAAGCACAGUUCCUUGGCCAACAAAAUUGAUAGCAAGCUUGACGACACGAAAUUCUGGAGCACGGUUGAACUCCCCAGUAAAUCGAAGAUGCCCAGCGAUUUUGAUGCUUCGCAGCUGGAUUGGACACAUGGCCCGAUUAUACAGAGUGGUGGCAAGUUUGACCUAAAGAUUAACGCACAGGUAGAUGACGAAAUUCUGCACCCGGGCGUCAUUCUUGCUUCAUAUGGUCUCCGAUAUAAAUCAUACUGCUCCUUGAUCGCACGCACAUACUUGGUGGAUCCAAAUAAAUCUCAAGAAAGCAACUACAAGCUUCUCCUCCAGGUGCACGGCCUCGUCAUCAAGGAGAUCAGAGAUGGCGCGAAUGUGAAGGAUAUCUAUGCGAAGGCUCUUGCUCUAGUAAAGGCAAAGAAGCCAGAACUGGAGAAGCACUUCUUGAAGAAUGUUGGGGCAGGUGUUGGUAUCGAGACACGAGACUCCACAUUGAUCCUGAAUGCUAAAAGCUCCCGGAGCUUGAAGGACGGCAUGACCCUUUGCGUAACAACCGGAUUUAGCGAUAUUGAGAAUCCAAAUCCUCAAGAUAAAAAGAGCAAGAUCUAUUCUAUGGUCCUUUCCGACACCGUCCGGGUAACUCCUUCGGAUGCAGUGAUCUUUACUGGCGAUGCUCCUUCAGAUCUGGAUGCCACUUCAUUCUUCUUCAAGGAUGAUGAAGAGCCAGAACCAACACCGAAGAAGGCAAAGAAGGAUUCAGCAGUUGGUGCCGUCGCGACCAAGAAUAUUACCAAGACCAAAUUGCGUGCAGAGCGUACGACACAAGUAGACGAAGGUGCUGAAGCCAGACGUCGAGAGCAUCAGAAAGAGCUUGCGAAGAAGAAGCAGGAAGAGGGUCUGGCGCGUUUUGCCGAGUCGACCGGAAAUCAAAACGGGGCAGCCGUGAAGAAGUUCAAGCGUUUCGAGUCAUACAAGCGCGAUAACCAAUUCCCUCCCCGAGUUCGGGAUCUGACGAUUGUCAUGGACCAGAAGAACUCUACGAUCGUGCUCCCAAUCAUGGGUCGUCCAGUCCCAUUUCAUAUCCAGACAAUCAAAAAUGCUAGCAAAAGCGACGAAGGUGAUUUCUCGUACCUGCGAAUCAACUUCUUAUCACCCGGUCAAGGUGUUGGAAGAAAGGAUGAUCAGCCCUUCGAGGAUGCCUCUGCACACUUUGUCAGAAGUUUGACUUUCCGAUCACAUGAUGGAGACCGGCUUCAAGACAUUGCAAAUCAAAUUGGUAACAUGAAGAAAGACGCUGCAAAGCGAGAGCAGGAGAAGAAGGAGAUGGAGGAUGUCGUGGAGCAGGAUAAGUUGGUCGAGAUUCGAAAUCGCAGACCCGCCGUUAUGGACAAUGUCUUUAUUCGUCCCGCAAUGGAUGGAAAGCGUGUGCCUGGCAAGGUUGAGAUUCACCAGAACGGUCUCCGAUACCAAUCCCCUCUCAACACCCAACACCGGGUUGACAUUCUCUUCAGUAACGUCAAGCACCUGUUCUUCCAACCGUGCCAGCAUGAACUUAUCGUUAUUAUCCACGUACAUCUCAAAGAUCCAAUUCUGAUCGGCAAGAAGAAGACCAAGGAUGUCCAAUUUUACCGGGAAGCUACUGAUAUCCAGUUUGACGAGACCGGAAAUAGAAAGCGAAAGUACAGGUAUGGUGAUGAGGAAGAGUUUGAAGCUGAACAAGAGGAGAGGAGACGCCGGGCUGAGCUCGAUCGGCAAUUCAAAGCAUUCGCUGAAAAGAUUGCCGAGGCUGGUAAAAACGAAAAUGUGGACGUCGACGUUCCCUUCCGUGAGCUUGGCUUCAGUGGUGUUCCGUUCCGAUCGAACGUCUUCUGUCAGCCUUCGACAGACUGUCUCGUCCAGCUUACCGAGCCACCUUUCAUGGUCAUAACCCUCGAAGAUAUUGAAAUUGCUCAUCUCGAGCGUGUCCAGUUCGGGCUCAAGAACUUCGAUAUGGUAUUUGUCUUCAAAGACUUCGGCCGUGCUCCAUACCACAUUAAUACCAUCCCCGUCGAAUCUCUCGAAAAUGUCAAGGAAUGGCUUGACUCUGUUAACAUCCCCUUUACUGAAGGACCUCUCAACUUGAACUGGCCUACUAUCAUGAAGACUGUCACCGCAGACCCUCAUGCCUUCUUCGAAGAUGGUGGAUGGUCAUUCCUGUCUAAUGAGACCGACGAAGAAGAUGAGGAUGAUGAGGAAGAGGAGUCCGCUUUCGAGAUGUCAGAUAGUGAGCUUGCUGCCUCGGAGCAAUCAAGUGAGGAUGAUAGCGAGUUUGAUAGCAAUGCUAGCGAUGAUGCGGGCGAGGAAGGUAGUGAUGAUGGAGAGAGCGAAGGCGAGGAUUGGGAUGAAUUAGAGGCGAAGGCGAAGCGCAAGGAUAGGGAGAGCGGGUUGGAGGAGGCGGAGGCGCCGAAGAAAAAGCGCAAGCACUGA